AUGGCACUUCUUCAGCUUAUUUUAGUUUUCAAAUUUCUCCUAUUGAGGCAGAUCGUAGUAGGGAACAACGAGACAGAUCGACUUGCUUUGUUGGAGUUCAAGAAACAAAUUGAUCUUGAUCUGUAUGGAGCACUAAGUUCUUGGAACGAUUCCAUCCCUUUCUGCAGCUGGGUUGGGAUCACUUGUGGCGGUCAUCGUCAUCCACAACGAGUUAUUAGCUUGGAUUUACAAGGGAAGGGAUUGGUAGAUAACAUAUCUCCUUCCAUUGGGAAUCUCACUUUUCUUCGUUUCCUCGACAUUGGAAACAAUAGCUUCCAUGGCAAAAUCCCCCAAGAGAUCGGUAAUUUGAUUCGAUUACAGUUCAUUGCUUUUCGAAACAACACUCUAGGAGGAGAAAUUCCUACCAGCUUGGCCAACUGCACUGAUCUAACAGAAAUUCGUUUCAGCUAUAACAAUCUUGUUGGGAAGAUUCCGGUUGAACUAUUUACGCCUUGGUCAAAGUUGGAGAUCAUUUCUAUUAAUUAUAAUGGCUUAACAGGAAAAAUACCAGCUUCAUUUGGGAACGUUUCUUCUCUCCAAAUCAUCUCUUUGGGUGGAAAUGAACUCCAUGGGAGCAUUCCAGAAUCCUUUGGUCAACUAACAAACUUAUACUAUCUAUCACUUCUUCAAAACAAGCUAUAUGGUAUGUUCCCUGUCUCACUAUAUAAUCUCUCAUCUCUUGAAACCAUUUCUCUUUAUCAUAACCAACUGCAUGGGAGCCUUCCACGAGACAUAUGCCUCACUCUUCCAAAUCUCAAAGCACUAGCAAUUGGAAUGAACCUUUUCUCAGGGAACAUUCUGACUUCCAUCUCCAAUAUUUCAACACUUGAAAUAAUUGAUCUCGGUGGAAACAGUUUUGUUGGACCCGUCCAUAACAUCUUAGGAAAUCUUCAAAACCUUCACUUGUUCAGUAUUGCAAAAAAUCAAUGUGGAGGUGAUUUAGAUUUUGUAAAUUCUUUGGUCAAUUGUACACAUCUAGAGAUUUUGGACCUACAUUCAAAUGUUUUUAAGGGUCCCAUUCCCAACUUCAAAGCCAAUCUCUCAACACACCUCUCAAUGCUUUUUCUGGGAGGGAAUCAACUAUCUGGAACCAUUCCUAUUGGGAUUGAGAAUCUCGUCAACUUAACCUUCUUGGCCAUGGAGGUCAACUUUCUCGAGGGUAAUAUUCCAUUUUGUAUAGGGAAACUUUCAAAGCGUCAAAGAUUAUCCUUGGGUGCAAAUAGACUUUCAGGACAGAUACCUUCCUCUAUAGGUAAUUUCACUAUUUUGUACGAACUCCAUUUAGAUGCCAACAAUUUGAAUGGAACCAUUCCUUCCAGCAUUGAAAAUUGUCAACAAUUACAGUACCUAACCCUUGCUAAUAAUAGCCUCCAAGGCCCCGUACCUAAACAAAUCUUCCUUAUUUCCUCCUUAUCAAUAUCUCUUGACUUAUCUUCUAAUUCUCUGGCUGGUUCCCUACCAAUUGAAAUCGGUAACUUGAAGAGUCUUUCCACAAUAGAUAUCUCCAAAAUCAGAUUCUCUGGACAAAUCCCCUCCUCCAUUGGUGAGUGUAAUAGUUUGGAACAUCUUUAUAUGGGGGGUAAUUUCUUUGAAGGAACCAUUCCUCAAUCUUUGACUCUUUUGAAGGGGCUUCAAGAUUUAGAUCUCUCACUCAACAACUUAUCAGGGCAAAUCCCAAAAGAUCUAGAGAAACUUGCAGCAUUGCAAUGUUUGAAUUUAUCCUUCAAUAAUCUUGAGGGGGAGGUACCAACAAAAGGAAUUUUUAGAAAUGCAAGUGCAAUUUUGGUGAAUGGAAAUGAUAUGCUUUGUGGGAGAAAUGUUGAGUUACAUUUACGUACAUGCACAAACCCUGGAUCUAUGAAACGAGAAAAGUCCAAUGCUUUUAGAAUAGUUCUGGCGAUAAUCAGUGCGGUUCUUGGUGCUCUUUUGAUAUCUUCCUUUCUUAUUCAUUUUUGGAUAAGAAGAUCAAAAAGUAAACCUCCAUCCACACCAUUGAUCGGCGACCAAUUCUUAAAGCUAUCUUACAAAGAGCUCUUCCAAGCUACUGGUGGAUUUUCUUCAGCUAAUUUCAUAGGUUCUGGUAGUUUUGGCUCUAUAUACAAAGGGAUUAUCGACCAAGAUGAAACUAUUGUUGCAGUAAAGGUACUCAACCUUCAAAAUCCAAGAGUUUACAAGAGCUUUAUGGCUGAAUGUGAAGCAUUAAGAAACAUUCGACAUCGAAAUCUUGUCAAGAUUUUAACUUCAUGUUCAAGUCUUGAUUCAAAAGGCAAAGAUUUUAAAGCCCUUGUUUAUGAGUUCAUGCCUAAUGGGAGUCUAGAUGAAUGGUUGCAUCAGUCGGCGGGGGCACAAAAUCAUUCAAGGAAUUUAAGCCUUCUUCAAAGAUUAAACAUUGCAAUUGAUGUGGCUUCUGCAUUAGAUUACCUUCAUUACCACUGCUAUGCGGUAAUUGUUCAUUGUGACUUGAAACCAAGUAAUAUUCUACUUGACAGUGAUAUGACAGCACAUGUCAGUGAUUUUGGUUUGGCGAGGCUACUUUUAGAACCUGAUGACAGUUCAUCCCAGGCUCAAACUAGUACCAUUGGGAUAAAAGGAUCUAUUGGCUAUGCUGCUCCAGAAUAUGGCAUGGGUGGAAGGGCAACUAUACAAGGGGAUGUGUUUAGCUAUGGGAUCCUUUUAUUGGAGAUGUUCACGGGAAAAAAGCCAACGGAUCAAAUGUUUACUGAUGACUUAAAUCUCCAUAACUUUGCAAAGACAACUUUACCUGUAUACGUGAUGCACAUUAUAGAUCCCAUACUCCUACCCAAGGAAGAACACAAAGAACAAAUUGAAGAGGGUUCUAUCACCAAAGCUGAAGGUUCAAGUCAUAUGAAAGAUAAAUUGCAAAAUUGCAUAAAGUCAAUAAUUGAAAUUGCACUUCAAUGCUCAAUGGAAUCGCCAAGAGAACGUAUGCUGAUGAACGAUGUUGUGAGGGAACUACAUUUAAUCAGGAAAAUUUUUCUCAAAGCAUAA